GCUUGUAGCGACAGUCCUCUGUUCUCUUCCUCCUCAGCCAUGGUCGCAAAACUCGCGCCUCUCUCUCUCCGUUUCGAUUCUCAGGCUCUGUAAUCAAUGCCAACCAUGGCCGCGAAGUCCUCCCGUCUCCUCUCGCUGGCGGAGGAGAUCGAAGGAGACCGCCAGGGGACGGUGGACUUCGUUUUCUGCAGGAUCGGCGAACCCGUUCCCUUAAAACCCACACUCUCCGACUCCGCUUUCGAUCUUUCCAACCCCCCGCUUCAGCCUCUCGCUGUCUCCGAACGCCACCAUCUUAUAUUUCUAGCGCACACCGAAGGGUUUUUGGUUGCGAAUACAAAGGAUGUGAUUGGAUUAGCUAAGAGCGCUAACGGGAAGGACGUGUGUGUGCAAAAAUCAAGCAUCGUGGAUGUGCAGAUUGGCAGUGUUUCGAUCCUGGCGCUUUCGUGGGAUAAUUCGAUGCUUGCAGCCGCUGUUGGUGGAGAAAUUCACUUGUUCUACGUGCAAUCUCUCCUUGCCAAGGUGCAAGAGCCAGCAAUUUCAUGCUCUCUCAGCGAUUCUGGUGUUGUUCGAGAUUUAAAAUGGCGAAGAAGUUCUGAAAACUCUUUCGUUGCUCUGUCAAAUAAUGGCUUACUAUGUCAUGGAUCUUCUGAUUUUCGGCUCAAAGAUGUGAUGGACAAUGUUGAUGCUGUUGACUGGAGCGUGGAUGGCAAUUUUUUUGCAAUUUCAAGGAAGGAUAUUGUUAGCAUAUUAUCGUCCAAUUUUGAGGAAACAGUUGGCAUUUCACUUUCGCUUCAGACAUGGGCUGUUGAUUCUGGAUCAGAAAUAAAAGUGGAUUCAAUCAAGUGGCUUCGGCAUGAUAGUAUUGUUGUUGGCUGUACACAAUCGAAGGAAGAUGGUGAUGAGGAUGGAUACCUAGUUCAAGUUAUCUCAAGCGGGCAACAUAAAUUUAAUGAGGUUUCUUGCGAACCCGUUGUCUUCUCUUUUCCUGAUUUGUUUGAAGGGCUUUCUGUUGAUAUGCUUCCCGCUGGGGUUGGGCCAUAUUUGCUGGCAGAGUAUUUGGAUUGUUGGGAUGUUGCAAUCACGUCUAAUAGAAAGAAUACUGAUCAGCAUAUUUCAUUACUGAGGUGGUUAGUUGAAGACAAUAGAUAUGAAGUUGUGUCCCUUGAAUUAGGAAGUGAUAAAUAUAUACCCAGGAUUGAUUUGCAAGAUGAUGGAGAUGACAAUUUAAUAGUAGGUCUCGCUGUUGAUAAAAGUUCAUUGUAUGAGAAAAUUAAGAUACAGAGAGACUUGGAGUUCAAAGAACUUCCACCACGAUGUAUUCUCUUGUGUCUUACUUGUGAUGGAAAGCUUACGUUGAAUCAUGCUGCUUGGGUUUCUGAACCUUCUGAUUUGCCAAUGACGGUUUCCCACCAUGGUGACAAUAUUGUGAACAAGGGAUUUUGCACUGUAAGUUCAGCUGAAAGUGAGUUGGACGUGACUACCUCAAGGCUGAAUGAUGGCCAAGAUGCUGCCAUUACAGAUAAGAUGCAUCCUAUCCCUGGUGGCAAAAUGGGGGGUGACUCAUUGAUGGUUAAAGGGGCUGGGGCUGGUAAAAUUCUUGGUUCUGCUAAUACUGCGGGAUCUACUUUUGGUUCAAAAACAGCUCAGAAGAACUUUGUUUUAGAUGGCUCAAAUUCAAGUGUCUCGUCUGCUGUAGAAGGAACCGAGGCCAGUAGAAGUCUUGGUUCAACUAUAAAGGAUGGAACUUCAUUUUCGUCACAAAUUGUAAUGCCAAUGCCCUUUGCCGUUGAUGCAGCAGCUGCAAAGCCUUCAUUAUCAACUCCUGGUAAAUCAAAUUCGGCUGGAAUGAUCAAUAAAGUACCAUUUUCUCCUCCAAGUAAUUCUCCAGCCAAUUUUCCUCCUUUUAGCAAGCCAUUUGGUACGCCGAAAUCAUUAGAAAAUGUCAAUCAGAGUGGCAUGCAAAACCCAUCAACUAAGUCAGUAUACCCAGGGUCAGCAUCCAUCCUCCACAGCUCAUCGCUAGCCGCUUCAGCAAAGUUGCCUGGCUCUGCGCAACAGCUCCUUGCUAAUUCCACAUCUUUCAAGCCUUAUCAGAGAUUGGAAUCUGAACCACAAAUUUCUAAGCAGUUUUACAAUGUGAAGGAUAUGGCCAAGGAACUUGAUGCCUUGCUAUCUUCUAUUGAAUGUGAAGGUGGAUUCAAGGAUCUCUGUACCGUCCUUCAGGAAAAAUCACUUUUAGAAUUGGAAGCUGGUCUUGAAGAUCUCUUAGAGCGGUUAUUUGCUAAUAGGGACAAAAUGGAAUAUCAACGUAUGGAGAUCCAACAGCUCUGUAAUAAGAUGUUGAAAGUGUCUGCUAGACAAGUUUAUAUGGAGGGUAUAGUUCAACAAGCUUCUGAUCAUAGAUACUGGGCCUUUUGGAAUAGCCAAAAAUUGAGUCCCGCAUUUGAAGCAAAACGGUCGCAUAUUUCAAAUUUGAAGCAGAACUUGGCACAUCAACUUAUUGAUCUAGAAAGACAUUUCAAUAAUCUGGAGAUUAAUAGAUUUGGUGAAUAUAACACGACUACUACUGGUUGGAGAGCUCCGUGUAUCUCCACACCCUCAAGACGAGCUGACUCAUUGCAUAGUUUAUACAGUACCGCAGACUCCCAACUUUUGGCAGCUGAGAAGCUCUCUAAACUCCUUUCAAAGCAGAUGGCUGUGCUAAAUAUAAGCUCAUCUACUCCUGAAAAGCGAAAUAUCACUAAAGAGUUAUUUGAAUCAAUUGGCCUUGAUCCCAAAACUGAUGCUUUUGUGUCUCCAGAUCUUAAAAGUUACAAGCAUUCGCCAUAUUCUUCCAAGCGAACUUUGCCCUCAUCAGCAACUACCGUGAAGGAACUGUCCUUGAAUCAUGCUCCUAUGAAAGCUAAUGAAUUCGAGUCUACGAGAAGGAAAAGAGACUUACUUGACAAGAGUUGGUCACAAUUUGAACCUUCAAGAACCACAGUUAAAAGGACUUCAAAUAAGGAACAGGUUAGAUCAAACUUAGAUAUAGCAUUCAGACAAGCUAAAGGGGUCUUUGACUCUCAAGUGAAGGCCUUCGACGUCGCCCAGAAGUCUGGCAUGAACAAUGUUUUGAGAGCCUCUUCUGCAGCCUCUGAUUCUCAGAAACAAGUCAUUGGCGUCACCAAACGAUCAAGUAAUGGAACUGCGCCAUUUCUAUCAAACACAAAAUUUAGCAAUUCUAACUCUCAAUCCAUUGAAGAGUCUCCAAUUAAAGGUGUUCAAGAGAAAUCUUCCAACAAAGCAACUGAUUCCCAGUCCAAACUCAUAUUUAAAUGGGCGAAAGAUCCUUCAGAUCUACCUUCCAAACCCAAUACAAGUUUGAGUUCAACUUCUUCACUGGUCUCUCAAAGUGCCGGAACUCAGCCAUUCUCCUUGGCAGCAUCAUCAAUAUUUAGCAAGUCUAGUAGCAACCAAGACGAGAAAUUUGGUUCGCCAUUUAUGUUGAACAUAAGUGCAUCAUCCACAUCGAACAAUUCAAGUAACGUUGCAGUGAAAACGGGUUCAGUGUCCAAACCAACAUCUGUUUCUUCCCACUUGAAAUUCUCUGGCACUUCUUCACCUUUGAAGCUUGCUUCUGCAGCUGAGACUGGAGGUCAAUUAAAUCAGGAAACCAGCCCAAAAAAUAAAGCGGAUAUUCGAGCAAGUUCAGCACAAACAAGCACCAAAAACUCAACAGUUAGGCCAAGUACUUCAACAGCAUCCAUAACACAGUUUACUGCUUCAGCAACCUCCUCUGGUCUUCCAUCCUUCCAGUUUGUAAACUCUUCACCGUCAAAUAUUUUCUCGUCACCGAUCAAAUCUAAUGAACUCAGCUUCAAGUCCAUGCCAUCUCUGGCAAGGCUAAAUCCAUCUGAGGAUUCUAAAAUUGGUUCUGAAUUUGAACAAGCGACGACAAAAUCAACUAAUAAGGCAGCUGGGGAUGAUCCACCAAAGGAGCUUAGUUCUCUUACCAGUAAAAUUAGUUCAGUAGCAACAAAAGAGACAUCACAGGCUUCUGUUGGUGGUUUUUUUCCUCUUGAAAAGGAAGUUGGUUUACAUUCAUCCAUCGACAACAAUUUGGGGAUGGGAAAUACUAAUAAUUCUAAGUUGCAACAUAUUACAUCACAGAUUCCGCCUCUGAUAAAGGAGUUUAGUCUGCCUUCGGUAACCAAUGUAAGUACAUCACCUGCUGCAUCUGGUUUUAUAUCAGUGGUUGAGUCUGCCAUGGCAGUGACCUCAGAGAAAGAUGAAUCCUUGGAUGCUAACCUUUCCCAAGAGGAUGAGAUGGAAGAGGAAGCUCUAGAGACCAAUACCAUGCCGAACUUGCAAUCACUUGGUGGUUUUUCUCUGCAAUCUGCCCCUACCUCCAAUGCCCAAAAACCAAAUCCUUUUGGCAGUUCAUUUUUGCCGGCUAGCGCAGGCAGUGCUACUCCUCAGCUUUCAUGGAGUUCAUCUCCGGGGCAGCUCUUUCGCCCUCCUUCUUUCAAUCUCCCAGAAUCUCAAUCUCAACAGUUGCCUCAGUCUACCGGUUCGAGUUCGUUAAUUGGAGGUCUUUCCAGUGGAUUUAGUGGCUUUGGACAGCCAGCGCAGCUUGGAGCCGGGCAACAGGCACUUGGUUCGGUUCUUGGUUCAUUCGGGCAGUCACGACAGCUUGGUACUGGUUUGCCAGGGUUUGGCUUUGCUUCAGCUGCUGGAAGUGGUGUAGGCAUCUCUAAUGCUGGUGGCUUUGCUGGUGCUGCCACUGGAGGUGGCUUUGCUGGUGGUGGUUUUGCCGGUGCUGCCACUGGCAACGGUGGUUUUGCCGGUGGUGGCUUUGCUGGUGCUGCGACUGGCGGUGGUUUUGCCGGCGGUGGCUUUGCUGGUGUGGCCUCCAAUAUUGGUGGAUUUGCUGGCGCUGGUGCUGGUGGAGGAUUUGCCGGUGCUGGUCCUUUUAGUGGAGGAUUUGCUGCUGCUGGUACUGGAAGUGGUUUUGGAGGUGCUAGCUCCAGUGGCGCUUUUGCAACAGGUGGCUUUGGAGGCUUUAGCGGCUUCUCUGCGUUUGGUUCCGGCAAUUCCAGUGCUGGAAGGCCUCCACCGGCUGAGUUAUUGACACAGAUGAGAAAGUAGUGAAAAUCAGCUCCAAAAGGUUCUGCUUUUCUAAAUUGGUCUUCUCUGCUUUUUCUUUUCAUCGUGCGUCUAAUGAUUGUGUAGUAUGUUUUCUAGGAAGAUUUAUAUGUACAUUAUGCAUAGCAAUUCAUUUCUAUGUUACCUAAAGUUCAAUUUAUAUAUAUAUAUAUAUAGCACUUUAUCUAUGCUUGAUAAGAUGUAUGGUGGUGGGAUUUUUGAUGUGAUAUGAAAGAUUUGGGUGAUAUGAAUGUAAAAAGAGAAGUUUUGGGAGGCUAUUUAUGCAAAUACAUAGGAAUUGGGUGGUAUGCAUGUAAAUGAGGCUGGUUUGUCUGGUCUGUGUUUGUCAAAGAAGAUCUUUGGUUGGUUAAGAAGUCAUUUGAUGUGAUGUGAAAUAUUUGGUUGGUAU